CGUGCGCACAGCGCUUUGAAGUGUAACCAACAACUGCUCUCCCUGAGUCAGUGGUCUAAUAUAUGACAGGAAAUAUACUCCAGGAGCUCCUCGGCGCACAUUGUUCUUUGUGGAGCUUGAUCCACAGAAGCAGCGUGCCCCGGUGCUCUGGCUGGGAGGUCGCUCACAACUUGUGCUGAGGCUAGUUUAAUCGGAAAGCAAAGCGCUGUCGGGGAACAAGGGAGGAUCGAUCGAGAUAGUUACUCCUGACACAAGGGGAAAACGAGAAAAUUCAGAUGGUAAACGGUUAUUGUGAGUAAUAGGACGCACAGGAGCGUGUCGCGGGACAUACAGCCGGGAGAAGCGGAUCUGUUCUCCAACUAGAGAUCUAUGGAAGCGGGGAGAACCAUAUGGAUACAGACGCCGUCUGCGGGAAUGGGCUGCUGAUGUACGAUAGCGGGUCGGGCAUGCACGUUGUGCAGACUGAAACAGUGUAAGACCACAGAUGGAUCCCUUGUGUAAUGGAAUCAAGAAAGCUGAGGGCUGUGAUCUUGCUGUAGACCCUCGCCCUCCUCCUGCUAAGCUGGCUCGAGUGGAGCAACAUGAGGGGGGACCCUCAACCCAGGAGAGGAGCAGACAAGGUAGUCCUGUGGCCAAAAACCCCUGCAUGGCACAGAAACCCACCACAGCGAGGUCACAGGGAAAGAGCUGGCACAGCAGAGGGAGCCUGCUGCCGGUGUUCUGUGUGGUGGAGCACACGGAAAGCCCUUUGGAAGGAGAGAGGAGAGAAGAGCAUGCUGAGUUUGUGUUGGUUAAGAGAGAUCUGCUGUUUAACCAGCUGAUAGAGAUGGCCCUGCUGACACUGGGAUAUUCACACAGCUCUGCAGCACAGGCAAAAGGUCUGAUCCAGGUGGGUAGGUGGAACCCGGUGCCUCUGUCCUACGUAACCGACGCUCCAGAUGCAACAGUGGCAGACAUGCUGCAGGAUGUUCACCACGUUAUCACACUUAAAAUCCAGCUGCACAGCUGUCCUAAAUUGGAGGACUUGCCAGCCGAGCAGUGGAGUCACUCGACGGUGAGAAAUGCUCUGAAAGAGCUCCUCAAGGACAUGAACCAGAGCUCACUGGCCAAGGAGUGCCCACUGUCCCAGAGUAUGAUAUCGUCUAUUGUAAAUAGCACUUACUAUGCAAAUGUCUCAGCUGCCAAGUGUCAUGAGUUUGGCCGAUGGUACAAGCACUUCAAGAAGUCCAAAUGCUUCAAGGACAUUGACAACUUUUCUGACCAGUCCUCACAUAUGACCCUCAGCCAGCCAGCCACUGGUACCCCCGCUGACCAGAGCUCAACUCUCCUUUUCCCUCGUGGAGCGGUUGCCAACAUAUCCAACUGCCCACCCCUCAGUCUGCGCCCUCCUGGGCUGGUAACCCAGCCUCUGAGCUCCCAAAUGGUCAACCAGCAGCUGGUGAUGGCCCAGUUUCUAAACCAGCAGUAUGCUGUUAGUCGCAUGCUUGCUGGCCAGGGUUUGGCAUCAUCACCACAGCAGUAUCUGAACCAUCCCCCUGUAGGGAGGGCUCCUGCCAAGGUCUUCUCUAAAGCUCCUGAUCCCCAAGCCCUGCAGCAAGUGCAGUGCGGCCCGGGUGGAAGCUCUUCUGCCGGACUGCAAAACCAGACCUUGGCUGCGUCUUCCGCUGGACCAUCAGAGGUGCCGAUUGACAUCUACCAGAACGUGAGAGAGGAGCUCAAGAGAGCAGGCAUCUCCCAAGCCGUCUUUGCCCGGGUGGCAUUUAACCGGACCCAGGGCCUACUCUCUGAGAUCCUGCGAAAGGAGGAGGACCCGAAACACGCCUCCCAAUCUCUGCUGGUCAACCUACGGGCAAUGCACAGCUUCCUGCAGCUCCCAGAGGCUGAGAGGGAGCGCAUAUACCAAGAGGAGAAGGAGAGAAGUCUGACUGUAUUCACACCCAGCUGCAACAACACGCCACCGAGGUCCUCACAGUCAAGACUGUCCCCAGUUACAGCAGACAGAGGACUGCGGACAGACAGCUGCGUUCUCAAUGUCAGCGCCUCUAUCUAUGAGGAGAUCCAGCAUGAGAUGAAGAGAGCCAAAGUGUCUCAGGCGCUGUUUGCGAAGGUUGCCGCCUCCAAGAGCCAGGGAUGGUUGUGCGAGCUGCUGCGUUGGAAGGAGGAACCCAGUCCAGAGAACCGGACGCUGUGGGAGAAUCUGUGCAUGAUCCGCCGGUUCCUCAGCCUGUCCCAGAAUGAAAGAGAUGCCAUCUACGAACAGGAGAGCAGCAACAUGACUGCACAACAGCACUGCAUUGACAGGUUCACCCUGCUAAGCAAUGACAAUACAUUGUACCAACGCAGCUCUUUGAUGCCACAGCAACACCAUCUACAACCCCAUCAACCCCUUCAGCCCGAGGCAGGACCUCACCUUUCCCCGACACAACCCUGCGCUGCAUCGCCAGCCGAGUCUGAUGCUGGCGGUGCCUGGCAGCACUUGAGAGUACAUUUGCAGGGCAGAGGCAGCAGCAAUGGUGAGAGAGGGGACAGUAAAGAAUGGGUUGAGGGUGGAAGAGAAAACAGGGACAGUUUAGGUGGGGACUGGGGUUGUGCUGGAACCGUGAGGGACAGAGGUGCAGAAAACAGCGAACAGGUAUGGGAUGGAAAUAUAGGGAAGGAAGACAUAGAUGACAUCACGGGAGAUGGCAAAAAAGGGAAGGUUAAGGAGAAGCUGUCAGUGAAAUGGCCCAACAUGAAGAAUGAGGAACAGUGUAGGGCUGGGGUUUGUUCAGAGACAGAUAAUGAGGUAGAAAGUUACAAGGAGGUCCAAUGUCAGGGGUUAAAUGUGUCCAGAGAUGCCCUCGGUAUCCUGCAAAGUUUCAUCAAGGACGUGGGCCUCAACCCAGACGAGGAAGCGGUCCACACCUUGUCUGCCCAGCUGGGCUUACCUAAACAUAUAAUUCGCAACUUCUUCAAUAGCCAGGACCAAGGACAAAGCCAAGACUACAGCCCAAAACACAGUCGCGACCACAAGCAUUACUGCACAGACCCAAACAUCUUGCAGGCUAAUGUGACUGCACAGGAACUGGAAGAAGGUGGAAAAACAGAAACAGAACAAAAGGAGGAGAACUUAACAGGAAGAAAUGAAACAAGUGAGAUGACUGUAUUAAAAGAAUCGGAUGUUGGCACUCAAACUAUUCCCCCUAUGAAGGAAGAGCAGGAGAGCUACAUUUAACCCGCAUACAUCCAGUAACAUACUGCAGCUUGGACAAGCCAUACUUACCAUUUAGACCCAGGACCGGGUGCUUCUCCUCUCUGAAACAUAGCAACUUCGGUGCAAAUGCUUCUCACUUAAAAUAUUGCUCCAGUCCAGAGUCACAGCGUGUUGGUAUUUAUGUGUUUAUAGGCUUGCAUUGUUACACACUGUGGAAAGACUAAUAAAAUACUGUGUAUACCACAGCUUUCAUAACCAGAGACUUAAGUUAUGUAAUUACAUAGAAAGCUGUACUGUGAUUUGAGGAUUCUUGAUGCACUUGAGACAGUUUACUGUGACUGAACUUUAGUACAUAGUUUCCAUGUAUAGUUAUAUUUCUGGGUGGAGUGCUGGGAACCAAUACAAUGAGCCUCAGAUUACAUAUCUCUAUUUAAAAAGAGUAAGUGUAGUUGGUUGACUGACAUUUUUGAAAAACGGCCAUACCAGAAAUGCCUUGAAGAGAGUGGCACUGCCAAUCAUGUUGUUCUUUUGUUUUUUUUUUAGGUGUAUCUUCACCAUUUUUGUUUUAAUUGUGCUAACCGUGCUUUGUGGUUUGGCUUUUGUCUGAGUCGUUUACUCUUUACCUCAUAAAUUUCACUGUUCAUGUUUCGCUCUUAUUAAAUAACAAGUUUCCUGUUGUCGUUUUAAAUUAAAUACUUACUGGGAAAGGACUGGGAUCAUGUAACACCCAUAGUACGUUACUAGCCACAUGAUGACAUUAAACAAUAUGUCAUCUUAUAAACUUCAAGUAUAAUCAUUUGGAAGAAGUUAUUUUCUAGGGACAGAUGCUGAUGAUGACAUUAAAUUGGUAAAAAAAAAAAAAAGCCAGUGUCAAUAUUCUUUAUAUAUAAACUGUAUAUACAGACAUGUGACAAAGAAAGUUUGUGUACUGGCCCACUCUUGUUUACAAUGUUGAUUGAGUUUAUUGAAGUUUGCACUUUUGCACAACUCUCCUAAGGUCCUACCUCAUCAUUUUAAUCAAUUAUUGAGGUCUGGACUUUAACUGGGUUAUUCCAACACAUUUCCUUUUUCAGCUAUUCUGUUGCAGUUGUGGGAUCAUUGUCAUGUUGCAAGAUGCAAUUUUUGCCAAGUUUAAGUGGUAGGAAAGGUGGCCUCACAUUCGACUCUAUAAUACUUUGAUAUACAGAGGAAUUCGUGGUCAACUCAGUGGCUACAAGGUGUAAGCCCAAAUAAUCACCCCUCCUCCACCAUGCUUGACAGUUGGUACAAGUUGUUUGUACUGAUAUGCUGAGUUUGGUUUUCACCAAGUGUUGCACUGUGCAUUAUGGCCAGACAUCUCUACUUUGGUCUCAUCAGUCCAAAGAAGUCUUAUGGUUUGUUCUUUGCAAAGCUAAGCUGUGCUUUUUAGAGAGAAGAGUCUUUCUCUUGGCAUCCCUUCCAAACAAGACAUACUUGUUCAGUCUUUUUCCCCCCAAUUUUUCCCUUCUAACAGAGGCCUGUAGAGUCUGAGACGUAGCUCUUGGGUUUUCUGCAGUUUCUCUGAACAUUGCACAGUCUGACCUUGGGGUAAAUUUGCUGGGAACAAUGUGUCAUUUUGUUAACUCACACACACGAAUGCUCCAGACUGGCAAACUGCUAAAAAAUUCUGCUUUUAUAGAGGUGCUCACAUUAGCUGAUGAUCAGUUAAUCAAGUGUAUUUGAUUAUCAGUGGGGUCUUUGUUUACUAACUAUCCAGCAUUGCAUUUUACUUAACAGCCUAACACAGAGACACACUCCGCUCCAAACAGUGUUGAGACUACUGUAAGGUGUAGUGACACCACUUCUAAGUUGCCAUAUGCAUAAUUUUCUUCAUUAUGUUCUGCAAGAAAAAAAAGGUAUUGUGUUGUCACACAUCACUAAAUUUACAUGAUAAUGCUGAUAUAUCUCUGAUAGGCCGACACUGGCCAAUAACAUCAGCCAAAAGAUGGACAGGCUCCAUAAACAGUGACAUUUGAAUUUACAAAGAAUAAUACAGGUUUAACUGCAGAACCUAUUGAGCCACUAAAUAAAAUAAAGGACGAAUAACCAAUCAGAAUGGUAUCUAAAAUGUCUGUACUUGAAAUGGUGCAAUGUUUACUCCUAUAUCUCAAGAUUGUCCAGUAUCAGGCUUAUCAUUAUAUGCUAACGAAUGAACAAGUUGGUUUCUGAAACAGUGUACACAUAGAAUUUCUAUUCAUGUUUGAAUCUGUAAAUCUCUCAAAAUAU